AUGACGGCUGCUUUCCAUUACCUUCUGCUCCUAAUCCUUAUUCCUACCCUCGCUAUUGAUCUAUCGUCUUCACGGAAGGACGCUUUACGACUUCCAUCGAAACCAUCUCAAAAACAAAAAGUGAACAUCGCCCUAGUUUACCAGCACUACGCAAACCGUUCCAAGGCGUACGAUAAAGCAUUCAAGGAGGUCAUACGCAAGAUCAACGAUGGCACAUCAAUAUCGUCUCUACGACGUCUGGCCACGAAGUACACUUUCGGAGCUGUGGACUGUAUUUUGCCAACUGGAAUGUUCCUCGUCAAGGACGUGCUCAACUGCAUUUGUCAUACGAUUGUCAAGAAUAAGGUAGCUUUGGUAAUCUUCGUCACGGCUUCGGAAACGUAUGAUUCUACAACUUCAGCUGAGCAGUACUUUCUCACUCUUACCGCCUAUACAGGAAUUCCAGUCAUCGCUUGGAAUGCCGACAAUUCUGGAUUUUCCUUUGGCAAAGAUCUUACACCCUUCCGGAUCAUACAGAUGGCCCCACCUAUCGAACAUCAGAUAAGAUUUGAGAUGAUGUUCCACAGUCAGCUGGACACUUCGAACGUAACUGAUAUCGAUACACAGCUAGAGGAAUUGAAGAAAAGCCAGUCGAAGAUUGUUUUGCUUUACGCUACAACGGCACAAGCAAGAGCCAUCUUUGAUGUAGGUUUUGUUGCAUAUUUAACUUAUAACGCUCUCAACCUGUCCUUCAAAUAUUCGCGCCUUCUUUUUUGUCCCUCUGGGGGAAGGACAAAAUAG